CGCUGCCCGCGGAUUGGCCGGUGCGGCGGGGGCGGGCCAGCGCACGCACUUAAGGGGAGGCGCCGCGGCGCGGGGGGUAGUAACAAGAUGUCGGCUGCGGUGCCAGAGCUGAAGCAGAUCAGCCGGGUGGAGGCGAUGCGCUUGGGGCCGGGCUGGAGCCACUCGUGCCACGCCAUGCUGUACGCCGCCAACCCCGGGCAGCUUUUCGGUCGCAUCCCCAUGCGCUUCUCGGUGCUGAUGCAGAUGCGCUUCGACGGGCUGCUGGGCUUCCCCGGGGGCUUCGUGGACCGGCGCUUCUGGUCAUUGGAGGACGGACUGAACCGGGUGCUGGGCCUGGGCCUGGGCUGCCUGCGCCUCACCGAGGCCGACUACCUGAGCUCGCACCUGACCGAGGGCCCGCACCGCGUCGUGGCGCACCUGUACGCGCGGCAGCUGACGCUGGAGCAGCUGCACGCCGUGGAGAUCAGCGCGGUUCAUUCGCGCGACCACGGCCUGGAGGUGGGGCCGCCGCCCGGGCCCCGCCCCCCACCCCGGGGUUUGGCUCUGGCCCUGCGGAAGGCACCGAUGGGUGCUGGGACUGGUGCGGGUCCCGCUGUACACCCAGAAGGACCGAGUUGGUGGCUUUCCCAACUUCCUGAGCAAUGCCUUCAUCAGCACGGCUAAGUACCAGCUCCUCUUCGCCCUCAAGGUGCUCAACAUGAUGCCCGAGGAGAAGCUGGCUGAAGCUGUGGCUGCAGCCACCGAGAAGCAGAAGAAGGCGCUGGAGAAGCUGCUCCCAUCUUCUUCCUGAGGUUGCUCCUGCCCUGCGUCUUUGCCCUCCCCUGGCUUCUGUUCAGGGCUGAGGGCCCUGAAGGCCUGCGGGAGCGUCUUCUAGCGCGUUUCUGUGUGUGUAGCCCUUUCUGACUGCAUGGGGCCAGUGGGCAUCUUAUCACCUCUGCUGCCUCAAGCAGUCACAGGGCCAGGUGGGACCUUCUCAGGUGGGUCAGUGGGUGGCCUGGGGGUGGCGGGCCUGGCUGUCCAGGCUCGAGACGUUCUCUUACCCACCAUGAGGCUCAAACCCACCUGAGAGUCUCAUGGGCUGGUGGAGGCACAGGCACUGUCUGAUUUUCCAAGUGGGUGGUUGCACAGACACUUAGACCAAUGAGAACUUGGUUCUCAAGGGGGGUGCCUUUGGCUCAGUUGACUCAUUCCUGCAUCCUGCCCUCUGUGCCAGCUUCAGGGCCUAGAGGAGAGCCCGUUUGGGUAGGAUGUUGUGCUGUUAAUUAGCUGUUAGCUUUACUGGCUUAGAUUUCCUUUUCUGUGUUGUAUGAACUACGGGUGAGGCUUCACUUGACCUCACUGGUGCUUGGUCCCCAAGGGCAGUCAGGGUCAUGGGCCCAGCUAAUAGAUGGAGUUGUUGAAGGGACAGGAAAGUGGUUCCUCUGCUGCUCUAUUCUUUGGUCCUGACUGCAGGCUCAAGGCAGGGCACAGGAGGUUGUCCCCUUCCUUCUCUCACUACCUAAGACUUAAGUUCAGGGCCAAGUCUAAGCACUGGCCCCAUUCAGAGUUAUGCUGUCACAGACCUCGUCUGAGACGGGGUGCUGUCCACCUCCCUGUUCACCUGUGGCACUACCAGCCACAGACCUCUCUGGGCUGUCGGCUUGGUCUGGGCUUCUGUGCUGAGACCAUCUAGAGGCCCCUUUUGUGAUCCCGAUGGCUGUACCGCUAGGCUGAGCCUGCUGCUCUUUCCUGUGCUUUGAAAGCCUCCUUUUCUCCAUUCCCAGUAUGGUCUACAGGCAGCUCCCAGAGAUGGUCUGGAAAUACCCGUCAAGUGUGCAGAAUGACAACAGCAGAGCCCACAGGCAGGAAGGUCACCACUGGCAGUCUCCUAUGGCCCCAAGUCUGGCUAAACUCAGUGAAGCUACUGGAAAGUCUCCACAGUGCCUACCCAGCCUAAGAAAAGCGGUGCUCCCUGCCUAGCCUGGGCACCUGUUCCACCUUAGAGCCUUGAUGAAGCAGCCACACUGGGCGAAGGCACUCCACUCUGUAAAUAAAAUACCUGUACUUUG